AUGACCGGGACAAUCAUCCUCACGGGCGCCAAUGGCUCCCUGGGCCUUGGCUUCGUCCAGGCCCUCCUCGCCUCCUAUCCCAAGCACAUCUUGGUCGCAGCCGUACGAAACGCAUCGCCUCAAUCAGAUCCCAACACGGCGAACCUCAUAAAACUGCUGUCCAAGUAUCCGCAGAACCGUGUCCUCGUCGAAAGUCUUGACCUCGGCAGCCUCACAAGCGUCCGCUCGUUCGCAGACCGCAUCUCGACCAAAAUCUCCGACGGCGAACUCACUCAUAUCAGCGCCAUCGUCUGUAACGCCUUCACCUGGUCACUCAACGGCCAAAAGCAGACCUCGGAUGGCUACGAAGCCACUUUCCAGGUAUCGCACCUGUCACACUUUGUGCUCGUUCUCAAGCUCCUCGGAAGCAUGAACCCCACGUCCGGACGCAUCGUCAUGCUCGGCUCGGCGGCGCACUACCCGGAGAAGGAGAACCCGCUCGCCAAGCUGAGGGCCGGCUUUCCCGAUGACCUCGAGCACCUCGUUCGUCCGCCACCCGACGAGCCGGAGCAGGUGCAUGACACGGGCUUCGCGCGCUAUGGGACGGCCAAACUGGCUAAUGUAGUUUUCAUGCACGAUAUGAACCAAAGGUUGCAAGCGAACCCCAAACUGUCCGCCAUCACGGUAACCUGCAUGGAUCCAGGCGGCCUGGUCGGAUCGAGGGCGCACUCAGAGCAACGCGCGGCAAUCCAGCGUCUGAUGAGCGUCGUCAACGUCAUGAUGCCUCUGCUGAAGCACCUGACUAGCGCGGUGCGGACCACGGCGGGUGCCGGACGGGACCUGGUCGCCCUCAGCGUCGCGCCUGAGUUUCAGGGGAGGAGGGGUUACUUUAUUGGGAAACAUGAAGCGCCGCCAGCCAAUGUCAGUCUCGAUAAGGAGGUACAGAGAAAGCUGUGGGAGGCUUGCUGGGAGUGGGCAGGGAUGGCGAAGGGGGAGACGGUUCUGUAA